GCGGCGGGCGCCUCGCUAGCGCUCGGAAGCGGCUCCGUGCUCAAGCCCCGCCGCGGGCCCAGCCACAGAGCUCACUCGCCUCUUCCUCCAGCGAUGUGAACGCUGUCAUUAGCGCCAGCUUACUUGGACUGUUAAGGCUUGUUUUGAAAAAGAUUAGUCUGAUCCACCAGUUAAUUCUCAUACGGGUCCAGGUUUAUAGCUGGGGUAUUUCUGUGGGUGUACUUUGUAGCUUGCGUGCUCACUGCAUGCAGACUAUGUAAUCUCUCAACGUUGUGGUGAAAAUACUAGUCUAGUGUAGGCUUACUUCCCUACAAUGCUUGCAAGUUGGGUUUUUUUUUUGUUUGUUUGUUUAGUGGAGUUUUAAUGGUAUUUGGAAUUUGCUGAGGCUGUGGAAGUGUCGGUAUAGUAUUGUUUUCUAGUUAGUUCAGAUACAAAAUUUCUUAAAACUUGUGCACGCUUCUGUGCUUUUAAAUUGAUGGCAUGAAGUUGUCAAUUUAUCUGUUCUCUAAACCUUGUUCUCUGAAGUCCUUGCUCAGUUAAUGAAUUGGUCUUAGCUUUGUGUGGCACUUUCAUCCCAAAGUCGCUCUUUUUGGUCAUUCACUUUAAACUGUUGGAUGGCUUGUCUAUGCUUUCUCCCAAUGCUCAGUUCUCAGUAAAAGGUUAUGAUUUGAACUUAUAUUUCUGUUUAUGGACUUCUUAAGUAUCACAUUAUGAUCUGGAAUCCCUGUGUCUGGUUUUCACCACUGAAAUUUGUAUGUCGUAUCCAUGGUACAUCGUGGAGAACUUGCCAUUUAUCACCGAAGAAGUACUGAGGAGAUCUGUUCUGAAUGCUAUUUAAAAAUUGGGAUAAGAAUGCAGAGUUGUGAAAUUCAGAAAUCCUACAGAUUAAUUACAUCAUGAAGUAGCAGGGCAGUGGAUUUGAUUUUUCAAGACACGAAGGUCCUAUAAGAAAAUACUGCCCUUGAAUUCUCCUUGCUUUUUGGCAUUGCCGUCACCUCUGUUGAGAAGAUACAUUAAAAGGAGUACUGGGUCUGGCUGGGAUGGAGUUAACGUUCUUCGUAGCAGCCCAUACCGUUCUGUGUUUUGGAUUUGUGGCUAAAAGAGUGCUGACAACACAUCAGUGUUUUGGCUAUGGCUGAACAGCGCUUGCACAGUGUCAAUGCUUUCUCUUUCCCCUCCCCUGCUGCCCCAGCAAGUACACUGGGAGCAGGCAAGAAGCUGGGAGGAGACACAGCCAGGACAGCUGACCCAAACUGACCAAAGGGAUAUUCCAUGCCAUGUAACAUCAUGCUCAGCAACAAAACCUGAGGCAGAGGACGAAGAAGUUUUUUGUUUGAUCAUUUUGCUUUUUUUGGCAGGGGGUGGGGUGGGAGGGGAGGGGAUUUUUGUAUUGGCUUCCAAGGUGGUGUUUGUUUGGAGGCAGGCUGGGUGUCAGUCAGCCUCUGGGACGUGGUGAGUGGUUUCCUUUGUUUCGCUUUCUUCUCUUUCCUUGGCCAGUUAAACUGCCUUUAUCUUGACCCACAAGUUUUCUUGACUUUGUUCUUCCUAUUUCCUUCCUCAUCCUGCUGGUGGGGAUGAGGAGUGAAUGAUCAGCUGUGUGGGUGCUUGGCUGCUGGCUGGGGUCAACCCACCACAAAAAUACGGAGAGCAGAUGACCUCCAGCGGAGUUAUUAAAUAGGCAGUUGGUUUCGGUUUGUUGUGUUUACAAAGUGUUGAUGUAGAAGUGACGUAGUUACAGAUUUUGGCCUUUGCUCUUGUUUGGAGUGGAGGUGGAGUGAUAGUUACUGUGAUCAGUAGAUAACUUGGCAUCAGGAUCUAGUGCUUUAUGUUUGUGAUUGAGCGAGGGGUUUGUACACGGGAUGUUCUCAAACACUUGUCACUGGAGCAUUGGGCUCUUGGGUUUUUUUUUUAAAGGGAUGUAGUCAUUUGCUACAGAAGCUUGUGUUCUGAGAGUAGUGUAAUGUAUUGUCUGAUGUUAGAUAAUGUGGAAAAUCAGGAUAUGUUCAAGUCAGUGUAUUAAAGGGAUUCUUGUUCUUAAUGUUUGAAAAGGCAGUAAACAUGUAGGGGGAAUACUGAAGUUUGCUUUGUAAAUUGAAGUACUCCCUGAAGUUCCUCCUUGUUGGCUAUUUUUGCUCUUUCAUUUGAUUGUCUUCACUGUGUACACUAAGUGCAGUGCUGGACUGUGAGUAGCAUACUCUUGCUGUGAACUUUGAAAGCAGGUGGAUUUCAGAAGGAUGGACACGUACUGUAAUCUUGAGAUGGACUUACGCGUCUUUCAAGGACUCAAAAGAAUUGAAUUGAGAGUUUUUUUCCCUCGAUUUACUGUCAGUCUGUUUCAUUUCAACAGUUCAGUGUGGCACAACUGAUGACCAAGUAAUCUCAUCGUGUUUUCAUCAUUUGCAGAAGUCAACUUAAAUUUUGAAUUUCUUUUGCUUCCAAAAUGGAAACACAAAGAUGCCGUGCAUAGCAGCUUGGAAUGUGGAAGGAAUUCUUCGUAGAAUCCCAAACUGUGGGUUCACUAUAUGCUUGGCUUUAAAAUAGUAGCCACUGCUAUGGAUGAGCUGCAGCAGUGUAAGCGAAGUAUGUAACCGAAGUACAGAUAUCAGCCAUUAAUUAUGUUUCGUUUUCUUUCCACAGUUAAGUUGAUUUUACAGAAUUUAUCAGGUCUUCAAAGCAGAAACAGGUGAUUUUUGCUGUGGGUUGAGCUCAGCAUGGCUGUAGUCAUCCGUUUACAGGGGCUUCCUGUUGUUGCGGGUCCUGCAGAUAUUCGUCGUUUCUUCUUGGGAUUGAAUAUUCCUGAUGGAGGUGUGCAUAUUAUUGGAGGAGAGAUUGGGGAGGCUUUUAUUAUAUUUGCAACAGAUGAAGAUGCACGGCGUGCCAUGAGCUGUUCAGGAGGGUUUAUCAAGGACUCGCGCAUAGAGCUCUUUCUCAGCAGCAAGGCAGAAAUGCAGAAUACCAUAGAAAUGAGCCGGAAACGAUUUGACCGUGGGGGACGAGAAACUAUGGCUGGCUCUAGAAGAACAGGUACUAACGGUUCUGGUGCAUCAGGUGUUGGUGACAUUCCACAUUUAGUCACGGCUUUUCCAAAAGGAAUAAGUAAACCUGGUUAUGGUCCACCAAAUCAUCCGGAUGCUGGUUUCCAUACUAAUGGCACAAGACGUGGCGAUAUAGGUAUGCCUAAACCAAGCUAUCCGUCACGAAAGGAUUCUCACCCAUUUAACCCAGAUGAUCUUUACUUAUUUCUACGUGGCAUACCUUACUCUGCAACAGAAGAUGAAGUACGUGCUUUCCUUUCUGGGAUACAUGUGGAUGGGGUGAUUCUGAUAAAGCAUCGCAACGGUUUAAACAAUGGUGAUUGCUUGGUAAAAUUUGCUACGCCUGGUGAUGCCUUAGAAGGACUUAAACGUCAUAGACAAUACAUGGGUCAGAGGUUUAUAGAAAUAAGCCCAUCCACAGAGGAACGGUGGAUUGAAUAUGGUGGGAGGGUAGACAUGCCAAAUGAGAUUGAUCACUUUUUGUGCGAAGAUCAUUCUCCAAGAAGUUUGGGCUACAUGCAUGCAAGGAAGCAUUCUCAUUCAAGAUCACCAAGGAGACAAAGAACACGUUCUCGAUCACCUCCCAGCCAGGAAUAUUACAUACACUUAAGAAACCUAUCUACUAAUGUGGAGAAGAGAGAUUUGAGAGCUUUUUUCCCUGAUCUGGAUAUAUGCAGCAAACAAAUCAAGCUUCUAACAGAUAAGCAUCAGAGGAGGACUAGAGAUGCCUUUGUGAUGUUGAGGAGUGAGAGAGAUUAUCAGGCUGCUUUGGAAUGUCAUAGAAAGGUUCUUCUCAAUCGUCCUGUUUACAUUUUUCCAAUUUCAAGAAAGUCAAUGCUGAAAAUAAUUGAUUCUUGUGAGAGGAAAAGAUCACAGGACAGAGAUCAUCCUGGACAAGCCAUACCAGAAAAAAGUUAUCGGGAAGGUCAUUCUGGCCCCAAGAUGUGUGUUUACGUAAGGAAUUUUCCAUUUGAUGUGUCAAAAAUUGAAGUGCAAAAGUUCUUUGCGAGAUUCGAUAUUGAUGAAGAUGAUAUUUACUUGCUCUAUGAUGACAAAGGAGUUGGGCUGGGAGAAGCAUUAGUGAGGUUUAAAUCUGAAGAACAAGCCAUGAAAGCAGAAAAUUUAAAUCGUCGAAGAUUUUUGGGAACGGAGGUAUUAAUAAGACUUAUAUCUGAAGAGCAGAUGCAGAAGUUUGGUGUAAAUGUACCGUUGUCUGCACCAAAUGAAAUGCAGAGUCAUUCACAUCCGUAUGACAGAGGUGAGCUUUCCCGUCCAGUUGGUUCACCAUCUGGGCCACCACAAGGGCCACCCAUGCAUUCAUUUGGUCCCCCUGGGAACUUCAGGCAUCCUUCUGAAUUUAGGCACCCCCCUGAGGACUUCAUGUGCCCUCCUAAGGAUUUUAGAGGUCCGCCGCCCCUCAUGGAUUUUGGUGGUGACAGUGAACCUUAUGGCAGAAUGGAGUUUGGGAAUAAUAAAAUGGGAAAUUUUCCUGAAGGAAGAUUUAUGCCGGAUCCAAAUUUCAGUGGUGGUUCUGAACGUGUUGUUCCUAUUCGAUUGAAAAAUUUACCUUUUAAAGCAACUCCUAAUGAGAUUCUGGAUUUUUUCUAUGGCUACAGAGUCAUACCAGAGUCGGUUUCUGUACAGUAUAAUGAACAAGGAUUACCUUCAGGUGAUGCCAUCGUUGCUAUGACAAACUAUGAGGAAGCUAUGGCUGCUAUUAAUGAACUGAAUGAUAGGCCAAUUGGUCCACGGAAAGUUAAGUUGAGCUUGCUGUAAAGGAGGAAAAGAUGCUCUAGAAUAGAACAUUCUAGAUUUGACAGUAUUGACAGGUAUUUUCACUUUUUUAAUUACUGGAAGAUGCAGAAGAAACUGUUUCCAUCAACGGUUGUAAAUAAUACCUAGUUCAGUUGUUUAGCUCUUGGUUGAAAUACCUGUACGGUUAAGAUAUGAGAACUGUAUUGUGCCUACUUCUUGUGGCAGAGAAGAGCCCAGAAAUUCUGGAGGACAUUGAAUGUCUUACAUCAAGGUAUAAAGGCAUGGAAUUGUAAUGCUUUGGGUUUUUUUUUUUUUUUUUUUUCAGUUUGCUUUAAUUCCAUGUCUUAUGACUUUGCAUCAAAUGAAAAUGUAAGUGCUGGUUGAUUGACCACACAAACGGUUCAAAUAGAAGAACUUCAGUGCUACUGCAUUAGUAGGUAACGCUUCUUACUGAGGUUAGCUUAAUAAAAUU